ACUAACACAAGUAGUAUUCAGUAUGGUUACUCUACAAGGCGAGGCUUCUGAUCCUGCAAACCAAAAUCGGUUGCCUUAUUCCAAUGUUACAAUCACAAACCCUCUCAUCACAGACUCAUCCAACCUUAUUCUUCGCCUUGAAAUGGGUGACCCAAAAUUGUUGGUACCGUAUUGGAAGAUGAUGAGUGACAAGUGCAGCGUGGUGAUUGAAGGGUGGAAGUUCAUGAGCCAUGAGAGUGACGCCAGCAAUGUGUGCCAAUACAUGUUACCGGAACUGGGAGACGCCAUUAAAAGGAUACACAGUUUGGUUCAUAACGCUGCCAUUCAAGAUAAGCACAUCAUCGUGGGAACCGGUUCCACCCAGCUUUUCCAUGCUGCAUGGUUUGCCCUCUCCUCUUCGGAUUCCGUUCGCCCCAUUAACAUCGUUAGCGCUGCUCCCUUCUAUUCGCUUUACCUUGAUGGGGUUAAAGCGCUGCGUUCAGGGCUGUACCAAUGGGCAGGUGAUGCUGCCACGUACGAUAAAGAUGAACCAUAUAUUGAGAUGGUGACCUCACAGAACAACCCUGUUGUGAGGUCUGCGUCUCAAGGGAAGCUGAUUCACGAUUUGGCAUAUUAUUGGCCCCAAUACACUCCCAUUACUCACCAUGCUGAUCAUGAUCUUAUGCUCUUCACAUUCUCCAAAUGCACUGGCCAUGCUGGUUCACGUAUUGGGUGGGCUAUUGUGAAGGACAUUCAAGUGGCCAAGAAGAUGGUACACUUCAUUCAAGUAAGCACCACUGGUGUGUCAAAAGAAUCUCAAAUUCGAGCAGCUAAGAUACUAGGAGUGGUAUGUGAUAGUUACCAAAGUUUGGGACCCAAAGGAUCUGAACACUUCUUUGAUUAUGGUAAACGCCUCCUGAGGGAAAGGUGGGAUAGAAUGAGGCAAGUAAUUGGGCAAUGUGAAGUGUUCACUGUGGCCAAACCCUCUAGUGCCUACUGUAACUUCACUAAGGAAUCAUUUGAAACAAACUCUGCCUUUGCGUGGGUGAAAUGCGAGGGAGGCAUAGAAGAUUGUGGAACAUAUCUGAAGAACUUGGGAAUACUUGCGAGACCAGGGAGGCUAUUCGGUGUCGGUCCGGAGUUUGCUAGGAUUAGCAUGUUGAGUACGAACGAUGAGUUCGAUGAGCUGUUGACUAGGUUGUUAAAUGCUAGAAGGGAAUAUAAUUAGAUGAGUGGAAAUGGUGGUUAAUAAGAUUUUAAAACAUGGGCAUGGAUCCAGUAAUAAAGAAUAAGAUCAUGUUUAUAUCUUUAUCAUUGUCUGCGAAUGUAAUACCCCUUUCAAUAAAGUGGACAUGAAAAUAGACAUUGUCUUGUUACUGUUAAUUUUGAGCAUUUAAGGAUCCAAAUCCAAAGGAAAUACAAACGCAACAGAGUACAGACAUUCAAUAAUUGAUGCUGAGCACACUUUGACGGAGCUCUACACGAAUAGGACUCGAAUCAAAAUGCAACGCC